AUGCACCUUGCAAACGUGACAGGAACACGGCUACGAUCUCGGGACAAAGGAAGAGGAAGUCUGCGGGAAGCUGGCGGCGGCAGGUCCUGGGUCCCGCGGAACCUGGCGCUUGGAGGGUCCAGGACCCUUGAUGAGGGGCUGGGUCCCCUCCUGCGGGUGGCUGCUCUGAAGAGCGCGAGAGACUGGACCCGAAGAGUGGCCGUGACUGUCCCCCGCCAGCAGACUCAAGGGCUAAGAACAGAUAAAAACAUUCAACAGGGACAAAUGCACGAGUUUAAGAGUGGCCAAGGAAGACUUAGUGGAGGAAAUUACUCUGAAAUUGACACGCGUAGGAGAUUAUCCAGUAAGGGUUAUCCACACAAAACGGGUGUGGACGGUGAAUAUUUCUGCCUCUUCUCUCUUUAUUUUAGUUGGACCAGACCAAUUUUGUGGAAAGGGUACCGACAGCGCCUGGCAUUAUCAGACAUAUACCAAAUCCCAUCUACUGAUUCUGCUGAUAAUCUCUCUGAAAAAGUUGAAAGAGAAUGGGACAGAGAGCUGGCUUCAAAGACAAAUCCUAAACUCAUUAAUGCCCUUCGGCGAUGCUUUCUUUGGAAAUUUAUUUUCUAUGGAAUCUUGUUGUAUUUAGGGGAAGUCACCAAAGCCGUGCAGCCACUCUUACUGGGAAGAAUCAUAGCUUCCUACGAUCCAGAUAACAAGGUGGAACGCUCCAUUGCCAUUUACUUGGGCGUAGGCUUGUGUCUUCUUUUCAUUGUAAGGAUGCUGCUCCUGCAUCCUGCCAUUUUUGGCCUCCAUCACAUUGGAAUGCAGAUGAGAAUAGCUUUGUUCAGUUUGAUUUAUAAGAAGACCUUAAAGCUGUCAAGCCGUGUUCUAGAUAAAAUAAGUAUUGGACAACUUGUUAGUCUCCUUUCCAACAACCUGAACAAAUUUGAUGAAGGACUUGCACUGGCACAUUUCGUGUGGAUCGCUCCUUUACAGGUGCUGCUUCUGAUGGGGCUGCUGUGGGAGCUGCUGCAGGCCUCCGCCUUCUGCGGGCUUGCUUUCCUGAUAGUCCUUGCCCUUGUACAAGCUGGACUAGGAAGAAUGAUGAUGAAGUACAGAGAUAAGAGAGCUGGAAAGAUCAAUGAAAGACUUGUGAUCACCUCUGAAAUGAUUGAAAAUAUCCAAUCUGUGAAGGCAUACUGCUGGGAGGAAGCAAUGGAAAAAAUGAUCGAAAAUCUAAGACAAACAGAGCUGAGACUAACUCGGAAGGCAGCCUAUGUGAGAUACUUCAACAGCUCAGCCUUCUUCUUCUCAGGGUUCUUUGUUGUGCUUUUCUCUGUGCUACCUUAUGCCCUGCUCAAAGGAAUCAUCCUUCGAAAAAUAUUCACCACCAUCUCAUUCUGCAUUGUUCUGCGCAUGGCCGUCACGCGGCAAUUCCCCUGGGCUGUGCAAACAUGGUAUGACUCACUUGGAGCAAUAAACAAAAUACAGGGAUGUGGAGAAUUAUUUGAGAAAGCAAAACAAAAUAAUAACAAUGGAGAAGUCUCCAGUGGUGAUAACGGCCUCUACUUCAGUAAUUUCUCACUUUUUGGUACUCCUGUCCUGAAAGACAUCAGUUUCAGCAUAGAAAGAGGACAGUUGUUGGCGGUUGCUGGAUCUACUGGAGCAGGCAAGACUUCACUUCUAAUGAUGAUUAUGGGAGAACUGGAGCCCUCAGAAGGUAAAAUUAAGCACAGUGGAAGAAUUUCAUUCUGCUCUCAGUUCUCCUGGAUCAUGCCUGGCACCCUUAAAGAAAAUAUCAUCUUUGGUGUUUCCUAUGAUGAGUAUAGAUAUAGGAGUGUCAUCAAAGCCUGCCAACUAGAAGAGGACAUUUCCAAGUUUGCAGAGAAAGACAAUAUAGUUCUUGGAGAGGGAGGAAUCACACUGAGUGGAGGACAACGAGCUAGAAUCUCUUUAGCAAGAGCAGUAUACAAAGAUGCUGAUUUGUACUUAUUAGACUCGCCCUUUGGAUAUCUAGAUGUUUUAACAGAAAAAGAAGUUUUUGAAAGCUGUGUCUGUAAAUUGAUGGCGAACAAAACUAGGAUUUUGGUCACUUCUAAAAUGGAACAUUUAAAGAAAGCUGACAAAAUAUUAAUUUUACAUGAAGGUAGCAGCUAUUUUUAUGGCACAUUUUCUGAACUACAAAAUCUACGGCCAGACUUCAGCUCAAAGCUCAUGGGAUUUGAUUCUUUCGACCAGUUUAGUGCAGAAAGGAGAAAUUCAAUCCUAACAGAGACCUUACGACGCUUCUCAUUAGAAGGAGAUACUGCUGUUUCCUGGAAUGAAACAAAAAAGCAAUCUUUUAGACAGUCUGGAGAGUUUGGUGAAAAGAGGAAGAACUCUAUUCUCAAUUCGAUCAGCUCCAUACGAAAAUUUUCAAUAAUACAGAAGACUCCAGUACAAAUGAACGGCAUCGAUGAGGAUUCCAGUGAGCCUUUGGAGAGAAGGCUGUCCUUAGUUCCAGAUUCUGAGCAAGGAGAGGCCAUCCUACCUCGAAGUAACAUAAUCAACACAGGGCCCACAUUUCAGAGACAACGAAGACAGUCGGUUUUGAACCUGAUGACACGCUCCUCAGUCAACCAAGGUCAAAGCAUUCACCGGAAAACAACAGCAUCCACACGAAAAAUGUCAUUGGCCCCUCAGACGAACUUAACUGAAAUUGAUAUAUAUUCAAGAAGAUUAUCUCAAGGAAGUGGCUUGGAAAUAAGUGAAGAAAUUAAUGAAGAAGAUUUAAAGGAGUGCUUUUUUGAUGACAUGGAGAGCAUACCACCAGUGACCACGUGGAACACAUACCUUCGAUAUCUUACUGUCCACAAGAGCUUAAUUUUUGUGCUAAUUUGGUGUUUAGUUAUUUUUCUGGCUCAGGUGGCUAUUUCUUUGGUUGUGUUGUGGCUACUUAGUAAAUCAUCUCUUCAAGACAAAUGGAAUAAUACUUCUGUGAGUGCAAACAGCAGUAACGGCUAUGGAGUGAUCUUCACUAGCACCAGCUCAUAUUACGUUUUUUACAUUUAUGUGGGAGUAGCAGACACUAUGCUUGUUCUGGGAUUCUUCAGAGGUUUACCACUGGUGCAUACUCUAAUCACAGUGUCGAAAAUUUUACACCACAAAAUGUUACAUUCUGUUCUUCAAGCACGUAUGUCAACCUUCAACACGUUGAAAGCAGGUGGGAUUCUUAAUAGAUUCUCCAAAGAUAUAGCAAUUAUGGAUGAUCUUCUGCCUCUUACCAUAUAUGACUUCAUCCAGUUGUUAUUAAUUGUGAUUGGCGCUGUAGCGGUGGUCUCGGUUUUACAACCCUACAUCUUGCUAGCAACAGUGCCUGUGAUAGCUGCAUUUAUUAUGUUGAGAGCAUACUUCCUCCACACCUCACAGCAACUCAAACAACUGGAAUCUGAAGCCAGGAGCCCAAUUUUCACUCAUCUUGUUACAAGCUUAAAAGGACUAUGGACACUCCGUGCUUUUGGACGCCAGCCUUACUUUGAAACUCUGUUCCACAAAACUCUGAAUUUGCACACUGCUAACUGGUUCUUGUACCUGUCGACACUCCGCUGGUUCCAAAUGCGAGUAGAAAUGAUUUUUGUCAUCUUCUUCAUUGCUGUUACCUUCACUUCCAUUUUAACAACAGGUGAAGGAGAAGGAACAAUUGGUAUUAUUCUAACAUUAGCCAUGAAUAUCAUGAGCACAUUGCAGUGGGCUGUAAAUUCCAGCAUAGAUGUGGACAGUUUGAUGCGAUCUGUGAGCCGAGUCUUUAAGUUUAUUGACAUGCCAACAGAAGAAAGUAAAUCUGCCAAAGCAAUGAAACCAUUCAAGGAUGGGCAGCUCUCCAAAGUUAUGAUUAUUGAGAAUCAGCACGUGAAAAAAGAUGAUGACUGGCCCUCAGGGGGCCAAAUGACCGUCAAAGACCUCACAGCAAAAUAUGUGGAUGGUGGCAAUGCCAUAUUAGAAAACAUUUCCUUCUCAAUAAGCCCUGGCCAGAGGGUGGGACUGUUGGGAAGAACCGGAUCAGGGAAAAGCACUUUGUUAUCAGCUUUUUUGAGGCUGCUGAACACUGAAGGAGAAAUCCUGAUUGAUGGUGUGUCUUGGGAUUCGAUACCUUUGCAACAGUGGAGGAAAGCCUUUGGAGUGAUCCCACAGAAAGUAUUCAUCUUUUCUGGAACAUUUAGAAAAAACUUGGAUCCCUAUGAACAGUGGAGUGAUCAAGAAAUAUGGAAAGUUGCAGAUGAGGUGGGACUCAGAUCUGUGAUCGAGCAGUUUCCCGGGAAGCUUGAUUUUGUCCUUGUGGAUGGGGGUUAUGUCCUAAGCCAUGGUCACAAGCAGUUGAUGUGCUUAGCCAGAUCUGUUCUCAGUAAGGCAAAGAUCUUGCUGCUUGAUGAACCGAGUGCUCAUUUGGACCCAAUAACAUACCAAAUCAUUCGAAGAAUCCUAAAACAAGCAUUUGCUGACUGUACAGUAAUCCUCUGUGAACACAGGAUAGAAGCAAUGUUGGAAUGUCAACGAUUUUUGGUCAUAGAGGAGAACAAAGUGCGGCAGUACGAUUCCCUCCAGAAGCUGCUGAGUGAGAAGAGCCUCUUCCGGCAGGCCAUCAGCUCCUCGGACCGCGUGAAGUUCUGCCCGCACCGCAACUCGAGCAAGCACAAGUCUGUGUCCAAAAUCUCCGCUCUGAAGGAGGAGACGGAGGAAGAGGUGCAAGAAACGAGGCUUUAG